AUGAACACUGCCGUCUGGGCCCCAUUGGUCCUACGGUCGCGUAUUGGCCUUCUGCCGAGCCCUCCUCGGGGCACGACAUCACGCAUCCUCAAAAAUCGUCUCGACAAAACAAGCCGACGGUCGUUUGCAAACCAUGUCUCGGACAGCGAGGCGGCGUGGGCAGCAUUGGUCCAGGCAGGGGAACGCCAUGGAAACAAGGUUGUCCAGGGAGGACGGUCGUCUGCAAACCGUGUCUCGGACAGCGAGGCGGCAUGGGCAGCAUUGGUCCAAGCAGGGGAACGCCAUGGAAACAAGAAUGUCAAGGGACGACGGUCGUCUGCGGACCGUGACGCGAACAACGAAGCAUCGUGGCCUGCACUGGACCAUGCAGCAUCGAGAGCCUACGCGCCAGAAGCCACCGGAGACGAGAUUAUGAUUCUGCGAAACAUGCUUCUUGCUCUGCGCAAAACACAAACCCCGCAGCCACAAGUUGGCCAUCCCACGGUUUCCGCGACUGAAGAAACAGAGAUGACGGAGUCGCGCGAGCACACGAUGCGCCUGACGACGUCCGACCAGCGCGUCGACUUCGUCCUCCAGACCCUGCGCGCCAAAGAUACAAACUCCCUCUUCCACUGGCUGACAAACCCCGUCGUUGCCACGGGGCCCGACGGUCGCCAGACGUACGUGGACGAAGCGCAGAUCUCGGAAGAGAGGAAAAAUCGCGCGGCGGCCAUUGCCCGUCUUCCGCCCGUGGUCUUCGCCGAAGCCCUGCGGGUGCUCGAUCCGUAUGUCGUCUCGAAGAACAUUGACGCGCUGGCCGACAUUGCCGUCUCGCCGAGCAUGGCUCAGCUGACCCCGCUCGGCGCCGGCGUCAGCGUGUUUGGCAUCCGCGUUUUGUUCACGCGCCUUCUCGACACCCUGCUGUCCAUCUGUGAACUGCGGGUGCAGCUCUUGGGCCAGCAGGGACACCUCCUCCUCAACGACUUCAUCGUCCUAUUGCGUGCCGCCGGUGCCGCCUCAGACCUGGUCCAGGCGAAGAGCGUCUGGAAGGCCAUGGUUCCGUCGGGGUUCAUGGAAAUGCGCCAUGGUCAGCUGUACGCCGAGUUCUUGCGUGCGCGGUUUCUGACCGAGCGGCUGUACGUCCAGCACGACCCCGUGCGCAUGCGGGUGCAGGCCGUCAACCGCCACCGACAGAAAAAGGUGAUGCAUACGUCUCGGCUCUACCACCUCGAGCGCAUCCGCAUCCGCGCCGAGAGGGGCAUGAUGCAUCGCUUCGGCCACAACGUCAACGCCCCCGACCAUGCCGAACACCUGACGCGCAUCCUGCGAAGCAGGAAGCCGCUGAUGAAGGUGUACUACAAAGCGGUUCUGCGACGCCAUGGAAACGAAGAACGCGUCCAGGCAGCUGCCAUGGUGGGCUUUGGACGGAGCGCCUCGAUGCGCCUUAUCCAAGACCUCCUCGCCACCAAGUACGGCGUGUCCGUGAAGCGCAUUCGGGGAACCAAUGGAUACAGGGUGAGAGGACGCACAAAAAUCCCGACGACCUCGGCCCUGUACCCGUCCGAGGUUCUGUUGGAUGCUGUUGUGCAGGCGUAUUGCUGCAACAACCGAGUCGCCUUGGCCAUGCAAUUGGUGAUGCAUCUCUCGCGCGAAUACAAGGUCAAGAUCCCAGACCGUGUCUGGUUCGAUCUCCUCAACUGGGCCUACGCGUUGGCGUCGCCGCAGGUCACGCAGGAGUCGCGCAUUGCUGGCAUUUCGCAGCGCAACUCGCCGACGGCGAUCAAGCGGAUCUGGAAGACCAUGACGUCGGAGCCGUACAGCGUGAAGCCGGGCUUGGAGCAGUACAACAUUCUGAUCAAGACGAUGCUCGCCAACGACUCGUCGAUCCUGCCCGCGCUGCGGCUCAUGCGCCAACUCAAGCCGGUGUACCAGGCCCAGCUGCGCAAGCAGGAAGAGGCGAUGCAGGUGGUGGCCGAGACGCGCAUGCUGGGGCAUCGGGAUCGGGGUGCGGCGGCCUUCCGCCUGCAGCGCGUGAUUGCCGAAAAGUGGCGCAUGUGGUACUACUUCCACUCGUGGUGCCUGCGCAUCCUCAAGAACGGCGCCCGUGCCAAGCCCGGCGACGAGCUCCUGGCACGCCUCAUCCCCCAGGUCAUUGACGAGUUCCGGCCGUUUGUGCAUCGGUACACGUGGUACCCGACGCCGACGGGCACCGUGACGCUGCGCGAGCCGCACAACCACUCGAAGCUGCUGUCGGAAAAGAUUGCGUACAAGAUCCCCGCCUCGCGGCCCUCGGCCCGGUUCCAGUACAGAGAUGUGAGCCAGCUCGACGAGGACGAGCCGGCCGGCCGGCCGCCUCCCGUGAACCACUUUGACACCGAGUUCUUUUCUGGGUCCGCCAUCGCCACAGGCGGCGCAGCGACCAACAACUCCACCAACACCACCACCGCGGAUGAUGGAUCGGCACUGCAGGAAUCGUACAGUGGGGCUCCCGGAAACGAAAUGGAGACGUACAAGGUCAGAGUCGACCUGGACACCAUCGCCCACGACUCCGUGGUGGACAAGUUGGGCAAUGUCCUGACGCCGGAGCAACUGCGGUGGUACGACCGGCGGUUUGUCCGUGACGCCGACCUGCGGCGCGUUGUUAUGCGCCAGCGGGCUUUCCCCAACAGUUUGGUGGAUCUGCAAGGAUCACUGGGCAGGGACCGGGACUCGCUGGUGCGAGAGUUCUCGUAA